AGUAGUAGUUGUUGCCAUCAUCUCAUUAUGGGUGGUGUAGGUGCUGCUGCUGCUGCUGCUGCUAUUACAUCUAUUCCUCAGUUUCUUCUUAUGUUCCUGCUUUUGGGUUUUCUAUACCUUGCUGAAAGUCUUCAUGUUGUUGGAGGUCUCAGUACUGAGAUCACUGUGAGCUGCAUAGAGGGAGAAAGACAAGCACUGCUCGACUUCAAAGCUGGUCUAAACGACACGUCUGGGCGACUCUCUUCUUGGAUCGGUGAUGAUUGCUGCACAUGGACAGGUGUGAGCUGCAACAAUAUGACCGGCCAUGUCAACAAACUCGACCUACGUAAUCCGCUUGUAUUCCAAAAAUAUUACGGUUCUGAUGGAUUUCCAUAUUCAGAUAUUGAUUGGGAUGCUGCACGAUAUACUUCUUUGGGUGGGAAGAUAAGUCCUUCAUUGCUCAAAUUGAAACACUUGAAUUACUUGGACCUCAGCAUCAACAAUUUUCAAGGAAUCCAUAUUCCAAAAUUCAUGGGUUCACUUGAGAACUUGAGGUAUCUCAAUCUCUCUUAUGCAGUAUUCAGUGGAACAAUUCCUCCUCACCUUGGAAACUUGUCAAGAUUGCAAUAUCUUGACCUCCAAAAUACGGAUCCUUUUUCUUAUUAUCAAACAACCAUCAACAAUCUUCAGUGGGUAUCUGGUCUAUCUUCUUUGAGGUACCUAAACAUGAAUUAUGUGAGAUUUACAGGUAAUUGGAUACAAGCUGUUACUAUGCUUCCUCCUUCUCUGUCAGAACUACACUUGUCGAGCUGCGAACUUUCCGAGAUUCCUUUCUCUCUUCCAUAUGCAAAUUUCACUACUUCUCUUCUAGUCCUUCAACUUUCCUGGAACAACUUCUACUCCUCAAUUCCUCCUUGGCUUUUUAAUAAUAUUACUAGUCUUAUUGUCCUUGAUCUCAGCUGGAAUAAUUUCGAGGGCCCUAUUCCAGAUACUUUUGCCAACACUAGUUCUCUUCAGAACCUUGACAUAUCACAUACCAACAUUGGAGACAGGAUACCAACAACUUUGGGAAAUCUUUGCAAUUUGAAGAGUUUAGAUCUAUCAGGAUGCAGUGGUAUUAAUGGAGAAUUAACAGAAUAUGUGAACAGUUUGUCUACGUGCAAUUCUAAUAAUAGCUUGGAGAGAUUAGAUUUAUCGUAUACUCAACUUUCAGGUCGGAUUCCAUCAUCUAUUGGAGACUUGUCGUCCUUGAUAGAAUUGGACCUCUCAUCAACUCAACUUUCAGGUCCGAUUCCAACAUCUAUCGGAAACUUGUUAUCCUUGACAAAAUUGGACCUCUCAUCAACUCAACUUUCAGGUCGGAUUCCAACAUCUAUUGGAGACUUGUCGUCCUUGAUAGAAUUGGACCUCUUAUCAACUCAACUUUCAGGUCCGAUACCAACAUCUAUCGGAAACUUGUUGUCCUUGACAAAAUUGGACCUCUCAUCAACUCAACUUUUAGGUCGGAUUCCAUCAUCUAUUGGAGACUUGUCGUCCUUGAUAGAAUUGCACCUCUUUUCAAUGCAACUUUCGGGUCCGAUACCAUCAUCUAUCGGAAACUUGUCAUCCUUGACAAAAUUGGACCUCUCAUCAACUCAACUUUCAGGUCGGAUUCCAUCAUCUAUUGGAGACUUGUCGUCCUUGAUAGAAUUGGACCUCUCAUCAACUCAACUUUCGGGUUCAAUUCCAGCAUCUAUCGGUAACUUGUCGUCCUUGAUGGGAUUGUACCUCUUUUCAACUCAACUUUCAAGUUCAAUUCCAGCAUCUAUCGGUAACUUGUCGUCCUUGAUAGGAUUGUACCUCUUUUCAACUCAACUUUCAGGUUCAAUUCCAGCAUCUAUCGGUAACUUGUCAUCCUUGAGAACAUUAUACCUCUCUGAAACUCAAAUCACAGGUCCUAUUCCGAUAUCCAUUGGAAGAUUGUCAUCUUUAAGAGAUUUGGACCUAUCCAGCAAUCAAAUAAUGGAUGCAACCAUUCCUGAAUCUAUUGGAGAACUUUCAGAGUUGGUUUAUUUGAGAAUAUCAAAUAGUUCUUGGAGGGGCGUUAUUUCAGAAUGUCACUUUAAAAAUGUCAAAAGUUUAAAAACGUUAGACAUCGAAUUAGAAGCUACAAAUAAGCCCUUGAUUUUUGAAGUGCGUAGGGACUGGAUUCCAACUUUUAGUCUGGAGAGUAUCUCUAUGUCUGACGUCCAAAUGGGCCCCAAUUUUCCUUCAUGGCUCGCAACUCAAAAGAACCUUAGUACUAUAAUUCUCACAAAUGUAGGAAUUUCAGACACCAUACCAAAUAGCUUUUGGAAAUUAUGUGCUCGACAGUGGAUAGAUACUUUGGAUCUCACUCGAAAUCAUAUCAGAGGGAGGGUACCAAAUUCUUUGGAAUUUUUCGGUGCAGGUUCAGUAGAUUUGAGUUUCAAUCAAAUAGAGGGUUCUGUCCCCCUUUGGUCUAAUAUCUCUUCUCUCUCUCUUGGGACAAAUUUAUUCACAGGACAGAUUCCUCAGAACAUUGGUGAAGUUUUAGGGUCUGAAGUAAAUCAAUUAGAUUUUUCCGGGAACUUUCUAAAUGGGAGCAUUCCUUCUUCUAUAUGUGAACUAACGAGUUUGAGCAUUCUGACUCUUUCAAACAAUAGUUUAUGGGGAGAACUCCCUGAUUGUUGGAAGAACAUGGAGGACUUGCAAGUUUUGGAUUUACAAAACAACAAUCUGUCAGGAAAGAUUCCUCCAUCAAUAGGUUCUUUAUCUUCCCUGACUUAUCUAUUACUUAGUAGCAAUAACUUUCAUGGCAAGCUUCCUUCAUCAUUAGAAAAAUGCACAAAUUUACGGAGUCUUGACCUUGGCAGAAAUGGAUUCUCUGGGAAUAUACCAACAUGGAUAGGAAGAAGUCUAUCAUCUUUGCAAAUUAUCCGCCUUCGUUCCAACUUUUUUACUGGAAAAAUUCCUUCACAUUUAUGUAAGCUUUCAAUGCUUCAUUUCUUGGACCUCGCACACAAUAAUCUAUCAGGAUUUAUUCCACAAUUUUUGGGCAAUUUGAGUGCUCUAGAAGGAAACGACACAGAAAGCAUAGCCACUGGUUAUACAGAACACAUGAUGGUAGUUACAAAAGGAAGAGAACUUGAAUACAGCACGACUCUUGACUUGGUGAAGAGCAUUGAUCUUUCGUGCAAUAAUCUAUCCGGUAAAAUUCCAGAUGGAAUAACAACACUGGUGGGAUUGGGUACCUUGAACUUAUCAAUGAAUCAUUUGACAGGAAAGAUUCCAGAGAAGAUUGGUGAUUUGCAAAAUCUUGAAACCCUUGACCUCUCCAUAAACCAACUAUCUGGUGAGAUACCUCCAAGCAUAUCUUCUUUAACUUUCUUGAGCCACUUGAACCUCUCACAUAACAAUUUAUCUGGGAAAAUUCCAUCAAGCAACCAGCUCCAGACUAUUAGCGAUGCAUCCAUGUAUGCUGGGAAUUCAGGACUUUGUGGAUGGCCCCUAGCUAUUAAUUGCCCAGGUACUAACAUAUCUCCACCUCCAACAUAUGCCAAAGUUGAUGGAGAAAAUGAACUAAACAUGGAUGGAGAUGAUGGGAUGGAUAUGCUCUGGUUUUACAUUGGCAUCGUUAUGGGCUUCAUUGUGGGAUUUUGGAGUGUUUGCAUCACUUUAUUUUUCAAGAAAUCUUGGAGGAUUGCUUACUUUCGGUUUUUCUCCUUAUAUUGAAUGUGGGGGUGUUUGCUGAGGAAGUUGGAGCUGCAAGCGAACAAAACUUCAAGGACUUAAAGAAAUUGAUCCGUUUCAUCUGCGUUGUUUGUCUUACCAUGAAAUAAUAAAAGGUACGUAUCAUCCUUUUAAUGUACAUGUGUUUCCUAUUAAUUUGAUACAUAAGGGAGUUUUCUUUCUUGUAUUCUGUUCUUUUCUUUUGCUUUAUCAUAGGAAUGUGUCUAGGGAUUGUCAUUGGCAUAUAUUCAUAAAGAAUGGAAUCUCUGAGUUUUUGUUGUAAGUUUUAAUUUUGAAUCGAUAAAACUGUGGUGGUACAACUACUUUACACAAUUACACCUAGCAAACUAAUUAGUGUUUAUUGAAAAUGCAAAGGAAAUUGUGUGAUACAAGGUGGACAAUAGAUUUAAUAUUAGAAUCAUAAAUUUGAGACAUGUGUUAGCAUCCAAAUUAUAAUGCUUGACAUCAUUAUUUAAUUAUACAUUGAGAUUCAAUCCAUUCCCACAACCCAUAUGGAAAUAAUAAUAAUAAUAAUAAUAAUAAUAAAGACCGUAGAUGAAUUUAGUAGAAAUAAUGUUUCAAAAUAUCUAGGAAUAGUCAAUUGAGUUCGAAGAAUAGGACCUUAGAUAAAAUUAGCGGGAAAUUGACUUGUGAUCAAUCCACAUGAUUGUUCAUCUAUUUCAUAGUUAGAAUGACCAUUAACCAAUCAUGUGGUAGAAAAUGACCUAAGUUAUUGGAUUGUUAUAUUAAAAAAAAGAAGAAAAGGGAAAUUAAUCUGAACAGUUUUGGUAUCUCAUCUUUUUAAGGCGUGGUAUGUUUAAAUACCAGGAAGGAUUAGGAUGUAUAUAAAGAAUGUGUGAUCCAUUUGGCUUGAGCAUUUUCUACUUAAGUUAGACUUGCAUAUAUCUUAGAAACCAAAUUGACAUACUACAGGGUAGACCUAGCAAAAUAUUUUCUAAAUCAACUUUGUAAAUUCAAAACACCAUUUAUAGGCCAUAUCCAAAAUUAUUAGCAUAGGAUAAAAUUUCUUUCUUUCUUUUUUGUCUACUAAAUGUGGUUUUUAAUGUUGGUGGUAGAAAAACAAAAUUAUGCAAUUCAUAUCUAAUCCAUAGAGAGGAGUGUGAAAUGUAUACCAACUUAUUUACACCUAUAUUUACCAAAAAAAAAAAGUUUACAUAUUUUACCAACUACUAUAACUUGGAUACAUGAAUCUUCUCUCUCAUCCUUUUUGUCUAGAUAAUAGGUAUAAGAAUAAAACAUGUACAAAAAAUAAUAAAAAAUCAAUUCUUUAAAUAAAUAUGAAAUCCGAAUUCAAGUUGAUGUAAUAUUAUAUCUUUCUUGUUCAUCUCUAAGUCUUGCUAACAUCCCUAUCUAGCUAUCCUACCUGUUUCUGUUAAAGGUCAAAACAGAGCCUAUUAGACCCCUUGAAGCUGAAACAUUUAAACCAUAUUUUAGCCAUUGUUAGGCCCAUCUGAAAGGAAAAUUCAGAUUGAGUUUCAUCCAUAUUUGAUUGUUUUAGUUUACCUGUAUAAAUUCUAUUGAGACUGCUAUGAUAUUUCAAUAAGAAGCAGAUAAAACAGAUCCACAAUGUCUAGAUCAAACGAAUGGUAAUGGUCUUGCUGUUGAAACUAAUAUAUAUGGUGGUUUUUUUUUUUAGACAAACAUUAGUAAUAAAUAGUUUUCUCAUGCUGCUAAAGACAUGCUCAUUAGCUAGUAAUUAUAAUAGAAUGGUACUUUGGUUAAGGAAAAAUAAGAAAGAAUUGAAUACAAGGCAGAUGAUAGGAAACGUUGGGGUGGGGGAGACUGACACAUAUGGAAGUGAAAGAAUACGAAUGGGUUUGUGUAACACCCUAAUUAAUUUCGAGGAUGAAAUUUAUUGUUAGGAGAAGAGAUUGUAAUGCCUUGAAAAUUUCGAGGACGAAAUUUGUUGUUAGGUGGGGAGAUUGUAAUACCCUGAAAUCUGACUAGGGGUAUUUUUGUCUUUUAACCAUUGUAGGGUCAAGGUGACUUAAAGUGGAGAUAACAGACCAUCGAGGGUGCAUCAAUCAUUGAUAAGUGCUAAAACUCAUCCAUUAAAUGUAACUACAGUAUAUAAUAACUUUAGGGUUUUUGCCAUGGAAAUUACCAUUUGCCUUUUAAACCCUCAUUUACCAUUAUGCCACUAGACCGUAUUUUGACUUUUAUUUUUUAUUUUUUAUUAUAUGAUUUUAAUGUCAAUCCUAAUAUUGGUUUAUUUAUUAAUAAUAUAUAUAUAUAUAUCUAUAUAUUUGCAUAUUAAUUCAUUAUUCACAUGGAUAAUUAGAUAACAAGUGGAUAAGGCCUAAUUAACUAACAACCCUAACUAACUAAUUAUUACUAAUUAAUAAUUAACAAAUGAAGGCUUCACUAAUAAAUUUUGGACUUCCCUUUUGAAAUUUGGAUAGGCUUGAGCAUAAAGUAAGUAAGAUAAGAUAGGAUAAGUGAGAGAAAGUGUUGGAGAUCAAUUAUGACUAGAAUAGAGGAAGAGAGAGUUGGAGAUGAAGUAGGAAUGGUAGAGAUAGAGUUGGAGAUGAUUUGGGAAGGAAAAAUAGAAAUAAAAAAUGUGGCUCUAGUGCCUCUCACCCUCUAUUUAUGAAAAAUCAAAAGGAAAAAGAAAGAUAUUGUAGAAAAGAAAGAGAAGAAGGAAGAAGAAGAGAACAAGGAAAAAAGGAAUCAAAAUUUCAAAUGAUUUUCAAAGUAAGAGUUAGUAACAGGAUUUAAUUACUUUCUUAUAUUCUACUUGGAGGAUUAAUAAUAAUUUAAAGAUUUGGGAUUUUGGAUUAUUGGGUUAAGGAGAGAGAAAAUAAGAUUUUGAUAUGUUAACAAUAAUUUCUAUGUCAGACAGAACAGUAGUCCAAGAUUGUUCAUAUUAUUGAAAAUAAUUAGAUACUAUUUUAUGAUCUGAAAUAAUUAACGAAAAUAUAUGCAUAUGUUUACGGAAUCUCCUAAAAUUUUCAUUAAAUGCUAAGUUGAUUUGGUACACCGAAAAAUUCAUAUACUCAGAUAGGUCAUUGUCGAGAGGGUUUUCUGUAACCGAGAAUUGGGGUUGUGACGGAGUCAUAUAGACUUCAAAUUUUAAUAUUAUUUUUUUACCAUAGAAAAUUUAAUGAGCCUUAUAAAUCCUAAAAUUUUUGAAUGUGAUUUAAAGUAAAUUAAUGAAUUUUUCAAAUUUUUUUGUCAGAAUCUAUUAUAGUCUGAAGACCAUUUUUAAGGGGAUUGAUACCUAACUUAAGAAGGAUGUUUUGAUGUGAUCUUCAAAUAAGACUUCUAUAUAUGAGUUACGUUUCAAUAGGACAUAAUUUCAAAUUAUUUGGAAUUUCAGAGAUAUUUAUUUCUUAUUUUUAGAAUAGGCUGAGGCAGAAUUUUAGGAACGACAUCAGGGUUAGUGGAACCUUUACCCUAACUUAAUUAUUUUUAUAGUGUUAUCUAAAAAAAUAUGAUUUUACAAACCUAAUGUUAUGUAUAUGAGAGAAUGAGGAAACAAAUUAAAUUUUGUUCCUUGAUUUGCAUUAUAUGUAUAUAGCAGAAUUUUCUAAAUGGAGCAAUGAAUUCAUAAUAUUAGUUACUAAUAUUAUGUGUUAUGUUGUGAUUACGAUUACAUGGAGUAGUGAACUAUGUGCAUUAUAUGAUUCUUAUACCACAUGGGGUUUUGUCUGUGCAUAUUUUUAAAACACUCGCUUACAUAAGUUUUACUAUAUUGAUGUAUAAAAUACAUUGUUGUGAUAAUGAUGCUUUACAUUACCAACCUUGAUUGAGGAGGGAUAUAAGACUUCCUUGAUCAUUGAUUUGUUAUUUGUAGUUGUUGUUUUAAUGACUUUUACAAAAGCUGAAAUUAAAAUUGAUUUCAUAUUUAUAUAAGGACUGAUAGGGUGGAAUUAAAGUAUUGAUUAUACUUGAAUUCUGAACUUGUUUGUAUAUAUAUAUAUAUAUAUAUUUCGUUCUUGGUUGACUUUAUUAUUGUUGUUUCAUCUUAUCAACAUUGGAGUUAUAAUGUUGAGGUGAGGAUGGUUCACUGGACAUUUUCUUAGUGGAACUGUGAACUACUAGAUGACAGAACCAACCCUCGGUAGGAUUUAUCAAUUGUUAUUUGACCUUCAGGAGGUAUGACUUAGUCUUUGGGAGGUUGGACACUAGCUAGCUUCUGUGAGUUUCUGUAUGUUGAGUGGAGGCAAUGUAAUACUAUGACAAAUUGGCCAUUCAUGGAUGAUAUUUUGAGUUCAUUGUUUAGCUUAUUUUGAAUCAUCACAUGUACUUAUGCGGCGAUAUAAAUGUAGCAAUGUAAGUAUAUGUGAUAUGCUUAUUCUUUUGUUUCCUGAAAUUUUUUAUAUUAUACUAUAUAUGUCUUUCCUGAUAUUGGUUGUAUGAUCGUGAUUUCAAACAUGUUUAGUGUUGUGGUUUUACUCACUAAGUUUCUUCCCAGAUACUUACCCUCAUAACUUGCAGAUAAUAUUGGUGAGGACUAUUAUGGAAAUGACAUGAAUAUUGAACCUUUAGUUGAUCAGCCGGAGAACACUGCUUAUAGUUUUGAAGAAGACAAUGAUUUUUAUUUUUAGAUGAUGUAGACCUUGAGUUAGACUUUAAAGAUAUACUUUAAUUCAACUUUACUUUAAUUUUGAAAUUUGAAUUACAUAGUUGAACUUUAAAUUUUAAUAAUAUAUUAGUUCGGUUAA